AUGCCUUUGAAUAUUAUUGGAACAGCCCUUUUAGAUGGAACUGAUAAAAUUCCUUACUUUCAGACGAUUAAAAAGGUGGCGCCUUAUGUAUUAGGGGCAAGUGCCAUCAAAUACUGGUCAAGAGGACCAUCGAAUACAUGGGAAAGAAAGCUGCAUGGCAAAGUGUAUUUGGUUACUGGGGCUACUUCUCAAGGAAUGGGGACAUCUGUGGCCUUUAAAAUGGCAGAAUUAGGCGCACAGCUAAUUAUUUUGACCAGAGAAGUGGAUGAAUGGGUCACAGAGUGGUGUGAAGACUUACGUGAAAAGACAAACAACGAGCUAAUUUUUGUAGAGAAAUGUGACCUGAGUAAUUUGUGGGAAAUUCGUAAAUUUGCCACAAGUUGGUUAGAUAAUUCGCCACCCAGAAGGUUAGAUGGUGUUAUUGUCAUGUCUGGUGAUAUGGAGCCUUGGGGUGUUCCCAAAAUAUCUCUACCGAAAAGAAGAUCUUCCAAGGAUGGGUUGGAGUUACAAAUAGCUACGAAUUAUGCGGCUAUUUUUCAUCUUUUAAAUUUGCUGCAACCUAGUUUUAAGGCUCAACCACCUGAUAGAGACGUAAGAAUUAUCCUUGCGACAUGCUGGUUGCAAGUUGUUGGAGAUAUUAAUGUGGAAGACCCCUUAUGGCAAAAUGCCAAGUAUAAAAGUGCUUUGAAAUUUUUCGCAAGCAGCAAGUUACAGUUGGGAUUAAGCAUGAUGGAGUUGCAAAGGAGAAUUACUGCAGACAUUCAAAAGCAAAAGACUGAUGGUGUCGAAAGAACAGGUAAAAAUGUUACAAUCACCAUGGUGCAACCAGGAACAAUGAGAUCCAAUAGUUUACGUCGUGUCAUUAGUAAUGGGUCAGUGAUUUUAUUGAUGGUAUUAUAUUGUAUUUUACUAUACCCUAUAUUGUGGUUAUUUACCAAGAGCGGUCGUCGUGGUGAUCAAAGUUUUUUGUAUGCAUUAAUGACCCCAGAACUGGAAGAGAUAAAUCUAAAGGAUACGAAGGCCAAGUACAUUUCAGACUGCUCAAUUGUAAAAUUCGCUCGGAAGGAAUUUGAUGAUGAGGAAUUACAGAAAAAGUUAUUUGAGAAUACUGAAAGAGAUAUAUUACAACUAGAGAAAAAAAUUGCAGCGAAGAGGAAUGCUGAUGGAAAGAGAGGAAAUGAUGCUAAAAAGAAAAAACAAACGAAGAGCAAGAAAGAUGAUUAG